UUUCAAACAUGAUGGAAGACAUCUGCUGUGGACGACUCUGUUGGACCCACUCCACCAUCACGUCUUCACGCCUCUGCGGGGAAGUAGGCUUACACGAUGAGUAACUUAUUGAAGCAACUCUCGGCACGACUUUCACGCCCGCACCUCCGUGGGAACUGACGAGCUCGCUUUAAAACAUGUUGCUGCUGUGGAGUUUGUUCGUGGGCGUGAUGGUGUCAUGUCAGACGUGGGGCAGCGACAACCAGGACCCAAAAGCGCCGCGGUCUCAGCCGCACAUCGUCUUCAUCCUCGUGGAUGACCAGGGCUUCCGGGACGUGGGCUAUCACGGCUCGGAGAUUAAAACGCCGACUCUCGACCGCCUGGCGGCCCAAGGAGUGAAGCUGGAGAACUACUACGUGCAGCCCCUCUGUAGCCCCUCCAGGAGCCAGCUCAUGACCGGCAGGUACCAGAUCCACACUGGGCUCCAGCACUCCAUUAUCCGAGCCACCCAGCCCAACUGCCUGCCCCUGGACAACAUCACGCUUCCCCAGAAGCUAAGGCAAGCGGGCUACUCCACCCACAUGGUGGGCAAGUGGCACCUGGGCUUCUACAAACGAGGCUGCCUCCCCACCCAGCGAGGGUUCGAUACCUUCUUUGGAUCUCUGCUGGGAAGCGGCGACUAUUACAGCCACUACAAGUGCGAAGGUCCCAGCAUGUGCGGCUAUGACUUGUACGAAGGCGAGGAGGCAGCUUGGGAACAAGACCGCGGCUUGUACUCGACGGUAAUGUUCACCCAAAAAGCUAUCGGUAUCUUAGCAAAACAUGACCGUCGCAAACCGCUGUUCCUCUACUUAGCCUACCAAGCGGUCCACUCACCCUUACAAGUCCCGGCUCAAUACCUGGAACGCUACAAAGGUAUCGUGAAUCUGCACCGGCGCAAGUACGCUGCCAUGGUAUCCUGCCUGGACGAAGCAGUCCGCAACCUUACAAUAGCGCUAAAGCGCUACCAUUACUACGACAACACCGUUAUCGUGUACUCCUCUGACAACGGGGGACAACCACUAUCAGGUGGUAGCAACUGGCCCCUCAGGGGUAGCAAGGCCACACUCUGGGAGGGCGGCAUUAGGGCAGUGGGAUUUGUUCACAGUCCUCUUUUGCUGAAGAAGGGGACAAAAUGUCGGUCUUUGGUGCACAUCACAGACUGGUUCCCCACGUUGGUGACCUUGGGGGAAGGGACUUUGGAUGAGGAUCUAAGCCUAGACGGAUAUGAUGUCUGGGAGGCUAUCAGCGAAGGGCUACCAUCUCCACGUCAGGACAUACUUCACAAUAUAGAUCCCAUCUAUAUUAAGGCCAAGAAUGGGUCGUGGAAAGUCGGGUACGGGCUGUGGAACACAGCUAUCCAGGCGGCGCUCCGGGUUGGCCAUUGGAAGCUGCUAACGGGCGUUCCUGGGUAUAGCGACUGGGUACCCCCUCAGACCUUCUCCACCCAAAGACUAACUAUCCGCUGGCAUAACGAACGAGUCCGCUGGGACCGCGGCAAGUCCCUGUGGCUAUUCAACAUCACCUCGGACCCUUACGAACGAGUUGACCUCUCUGGACGCUAUCCGCAUGUUGUGAAAAAGAUGCUCAUGCGGUUGGCACAGUACAACAAGACCGCAGUCAAGGUUCGGUACCCAGCUAAAGACCUGCGAUCGAACCCACAGUACAACGGCGGUGUGUGGGGACCAUGGCACAAAGACGAGCCGUUAGAGGAGGAUCACAACGAUCUUUUCAGCAACCAUCUCAGUGGCUGGGGAAAAUGGCAGAAUAGUAGAAAGAUGCUAAUGAAGGUGGAGGAGUAACUUGGUGGAGUUUGUCAUGAAAGUUUCUCAGGGAUUUGAAUUUCGAAAUUCUGUAAAAUCCUCAAAAAGACAUAUGAACGCUGUCCGAUGCAGAAAAACUAAAUAUAAACAAACUGAUUCUGCAGCAUUCGAAGUGAGAAAAGUGUAAGAGGGUUUCUGUUCCUGUCAGUGUGUAAAAAAAUACAAACCCCGUUUCCAUAUGAGUUGGGAAAUUGUGUUAGAUGUAAAAUAUAAAUGGAAUACAAUGAUUUGCAAAUCCUUUUCAACCUAUAUUCAAUUGAAUGCACUAC